UGUUUUCAAAUUCCGCCCAAAGAGAACUGGUUUCAAUAUGUACGCAGAGUAUACACGACCGCAAUUAACUUUCCUGGCAUUACACCCUUGCUCCAGACUGAAAUAUCCUAAAAUUGUAUGUAGAGUAUCCGAGCUUGAGCUGAUACUGGAGGAUGGAGAGGAGGAGGGGAUCUCCCAGCCUGAGUUUUGGCCAGUUAAUAAAUCUCCGUUCUACAAUGUUCCAACAGGAGCUAGGAGCGGAUACAACCAUGUCCUUGAGGUUGGACUCCUGGUCCUCAGUAUAACAGGUGGAGAACUUGACCUGGAUGCGUACAGGAGAGUGAUCACGGAGAAGUUUGGAGAUGGGACGGCUUGGCAGGAUUCAUACAAGAAGAGAAAACAAGGAUACAAUCCUGCCAAGAGGACAGCCUGGACCGAACCCGUUCCUGGCCCUUGGAUUCAUGAAGCAGUUUUACACUUUCUCCAGGAAGGAGAAGGAGAUGUGAAUAAUCAAGAUAUGGACGGAUUCCUCCUCUCCCUUCCUCAUCUCGUUUUCAAUGCAGAGAAGGAAAACGUUCUAGAGGAGUGUCAGAAAAUUGUUGAACUACUGACAAGAAACCCUAAAACUGUUUCUAUUGCAUUGGUUCAGUGUCGGAUUCUGCAGAAUGUUAUCCUCACUGGAUCUAUGGACCUGGAUAAACUUGAACCUGGAGAAGGACUCGAAUUUCUCCGGGACAUGCUGGAAAAACAGAAUACACCUCACAUAACCUUAGUCAGAGAAUUCGGGAAUAACUGUUAUGUUCCUGGUUCUAUGGUCGGAGCAAUUCAUGCAGUUCUAUCUAGUUCUUCAUACUCUCAAGCAAUCAGGUUGUGUAUAAGAGCUGGAGGAUGUAACUGCUCUAGAUCUAAUUAUUCCGGAGCUAUUGUAGCUGCUGUUAAUGGAAUACAGGAUAUUCCGAUGGAUUGGAUUAAGAAAACUACCGACUUUAUGGAUAUUUUCACCCUGACCUGUAAGGUUUCUCAGAAAAUGUCAAACUAGAUAUUGUGAAAACUUAACAAAGAAUAAAUUACAUUGAUUGAUCAGGCA